AUGCCUAAGAAUCCGAAGUUUGAAUAUGAUGCGAAGCAGCCUGCAUUCCUCCAGAAGCUCCGAGGCCAGUAUGGAGAUAACACCGGUCGCUUGGAGCGGCCUGCCUUACGACCGACCAGACUCAAGGUCAAUAACGAAGACGACGAUGAUGAGCCUACCUACCUUGAUGAAGAAAGUAAUGAAGUGAUUUCCAAGGAGGAAUACAAGGCAUUGAUCGGUGAAAGUGGCCCAAAAGGAGAGGGCGAGGCCGACAACUCAACGAAGGACAACUCCACUGGCGAUCAAGACAAAUCCCAAACAGAAAUUUCUACCAGCAAACAGAACAAUCUCACUGAGGUUGGGGGACAGAGGAAAAGAAAACAGGCCAAAGUGGUGGGCGACGACAAGGCAGAAGCCGGAGAAGUCCAGCCCAAGGCGACUUCGAAGAAAUCUAAGAAGCCUAAGAAGAUCAAGCUCUCCUUCGACGAGGAAUGA